UCACCGCUCCAUCCAGCGGAGCUCUUGGCGAAGAACCGCUGGGAAACAAUGAAAACCGAGGCUAUAGAUGCACGACAGGACUAAAGGCGUUGCAGGAGAGGGGGCAAAUGCAGGCUCCAGGUUUUGACCGGUGAGCUGCAGAGCAGAAAGUGAGGACAGAAGAAACUUCAGGUUGUGCAGGAGGCUGUCUGGCCCCAUGUCUGCCCCUGCUCCAGCCAAUCGGAGGUCUGCGUCGGGCUCUCGCCGGUUUGACUAUUGCAGGUUCAUAGAGCUAGACUACGUUCCCAUGGAGACAGGCUAUAUGGUCUCAAUGCGCCCGACUAAAGGCUAUGCAUCAACCAAGUCGCCGACUAAAGGAUACGCUUCCACCAAGCGGACACCGGCAGCGCCUAGUAAUAGAGAUCCCUAUGGCAACGCCUCCCUCAGCAGCAGCAGCAACUCAGGCUCUUGUAAAGGCAGCGACUGCAGCCCCACCAAAGGACGUCACCAGAAGUACACGUCAUGUACAGACAACCAUGGUAUUCGACCCCCUCCGCCAGAGCAGUACCUCACACCCCUGCAGCAGAAGGAGGUGUGUAUCCGCCACCUGCGGGCCAGGCUAAAAGAAACCAUCACCACACUGCAAGACAGGGACACAGAGAUAGAUGAGCUGAGAGGCCAGCUCUACAGGAUGCAGGAGGACUGGGUGGAGGAGGAGUGUCACCGUGUGGAGGCUCAGCUGGCCCUGAAGGAGGCGCGUCAGGAGAUCCAGCAGCUCAAACAGGCUGUGGACACUGUCCGUGCCAGGCUCAGUGACGCCGGAGGACUCAGUGGGGACGCAGGGGUCCAGAAGUACUUCCAGGACAUCAACACUCAGAACCACAAGCUCGAGAACCUUUUGCUCAGUAUGGAGUUAGCCCAGGCUGGAUUAGCCAAAGAGGGGGGAGCCAUACCAGGCUGUCGCACCCGUGUUGGGGGUUCAGCACCAGCGUCAGUAUCAGGGGGGAGUCCAGGGGGAAUACCCAAACCGGCAAUAGGGGGGAGGGGGACUUGCUCCUGCGAUGCCUCCCCAGCUCGUUCUCUGACCCGGAGCUCCACCUACACUAAGCUCACCGAUCAGGCGUUGGCAGACCAGAACGGCAACGGGCAGGACUUUCCUUGUCUGUCAGGUGACGGCACCCAGGACAGUGGCUUUGUGUGCUGCGGGGAGAGCAGCGUCCCCAGCCGGGCCGACCUGCUGCUGGAGGCCGCCUUCCUCUCCGAGGAGACUGCAUCUUUACUCAACUCCUACACACAGAUGCCACACUCCUCCACCUAUGAGAAGCUGUGCACAGGCGAGCGGCUGGCUCCCUUUCGCUGCGGCCUGGGUGGAGUGAGCUGUAUGAGCCACCCCUGCCUGUCCCACCACCACCUGUACCUGCACCCCCUGCGGGAGACGGGUAUUCAGACUGAAAGCUGCCCCAUCCCUGCUGCAGCAGGUUACCCCUCCGAUCUGGAUACCAUUGCGGAGCAACGCACUUUCCGCUCCCAGGCCUGCAGCCCCACCUCCACCUGGAUGUCUGAUGAAGGGGAGGAAGAGUUGGACUCCAUCACCACCACAACUUCGGUAACCACAGCAACAGUCAUGAGUACGGCCACAGAGCCAAUCCCACUCUCCAAAACGCCGGUGGUCCCUUCUUUACCACGUUCUGCUACUGUGGCGUGUUCCAUGGACAGUCCUCUGAGUGAGGUGAUGGAGGGAGUGGAAGAAGAGGAGGAGAAGCAGGAGAAGGAAAACAGAGAGAAGGAGGCUGAUGCAACAGAGAAGCAUGAUGAAACAACAGUGAUGAGGCCGGAGGAUGGAGGGCAGCAGGAGCAGACGGGCUCAGUGGCAGGAAAUGAGGUGGAAGGUCAGGGUGCAGAGGAGGAGGCGACGCCAGGAGAACUAUGCGACUUGGAAGAAACACCAGCAGGGAUGCAGGGUGAGCUUAGGUUUGGAGGAUGCUGUGGAGAAAGCAGGCAGAGUGGGAAAACACGGAAAAAUCUCAGCAUGGAGGAAGUUGUUCUGUCAGCAGGAUCACCGCAGGCGGAGACCGGACAGUUGAGUCCGAGUCGCCCGGGAUUAUCACCGGGUGUAGAACAGCCUCAUACUUCCCAGCCCAGGAGAGCUACGUCCCACGAGGAGAUCGCUGGCGUCACUGUAGUGGAGGUGCACGAUGAGGACGAUGAUGAAGAUGAAACUAAAGAACAAGGCGCUGCAGGGGACGCUGCAGCAGAGGAGGGGGAUUCGUCUGAAUCUGGGACAAUUCAGAAAAGCUACUGGAGUCGUCACUUCCUGGUCGAUCUGCUGGCAGUGGCCAUCCCCGUGGUGCCAACAGUGGCGUGGCUGUGCCGCGGCCCGGUCCGUGACGGACAGCCCAUGUAUCAUAUAGGGUCACUGCUGCGAGGCUGUUGCACUGUGGCACUGCACUCGCUGCGCAGGGGAGGUGGAUUGAGGCAUUACCCCGCAGGCGGGGGAGACCUGGGCGGAUCGCAGAUAUAA